AUGGCGCCCGCGCAACCAGAACUCAAGAAGGCAAGUUGCUUGCCAUUUCCCACGCUGCUUCAUUACCUCGACAAGCGGCUGUUCGUCCAACUCAACGGAAGCCGGAAGGUCAUCGGCGUUCUCCGCGGCUACGAUGUCUUCCUCAACAUUGUGCUAGACGACGCCCUCGAGGAGAAGGACAACGGCGAGAAGGUCAAGCUUGGCAUGGUCGUUAUUCGCGGCAACUCGGUCGUGAUGCUAGAAGCCUUGGAAAGGAUCGGCGGAGACGAGAGGGGAGGGCGUUAG